CCACGCUAUAUAUAACAACUACAAUAACAGAGCAAACUUAUCAACAGAAACAAUAACAAGUGCGGCGGGAGCGGCUGUGGCUCAGGCUCAGCCUCUCCGUCUCCGAGCUUAUAUCAACUCGGCCCUGCCUUCUCCCCAUCCCAUCUCCACCCAUCAACUUCACCACAAUGUCCUCUUCCCCGAAUCCCAAUCCAGCGGCCUCCGCAAUGUCCUCCCAUCUCUACUCCAUCUACGGCAAGCUCUCGAACCAGCCCUCGUCUUACGACCGCAAGGGCCGCUACCGCUUCGGCCGUGUGCUCGGCGCGGGAACUUAUGGUAUAGUCAAGGCCGCGACCGUGAUUGAGACUGGCGAGAACGUGGCGGUCAAGGUGAUUUUGAAGAAAAAGGUGCAGGGCCAUGAGAGCAUGGUGCAGGAAGAGCUCGAUCUUCUGCGCCGUCUUAAGCAUCCGCACAUUGUCGGUUUCAGAGAUUGGUUCGAGUCGAAGGACAAGUACUAUAUCGUCACACAAUUAGCGACCGGCGGUGAGCUGUUUGAUCGUAUCGUCGAGCGCGGAAAGUACACUGAGAAAGACGCGGUACAGACUAUAAAGGAAGUACUCGAGGCCGUUGAUUAUCUCCACGACCUGAACAUUGUCCACCGAGACCUCAAACCCGAGAACCUGCUCUACCUGACCCCCGACGCCGACUCGCAGCUCGUUCUGGCCGAUUUCGGCAUCGCCAAAGUGCUUAAAUCAGAAGGCGAGGCGCUGACGACGAUGGCGGGUUCGUUCGGGUACGCUGCGCCCGAGAUCCUACUCCGCAUCGGCCACGGCAAGCCUUGCGACAUCUGGUCGCUCGGAGUGAUCACCUACACGAUUCUCUGCGGCUAUCUACCCUUCCGGAGCGAGAACGUGCAGGAGUACAUUUUGGAAGUGCGCGAGAACGGCGUGAUUUUCCACGACAAGUAUUGGAGCGACAUCUCGAGCGACGCGAAGGAUUUCAUCCGCGGGAUGUUGCAGGUCGAUCCUUUGAAGCGCAGGACAUCGCGCGAGCUGUUGAAGCAUAAGUGGAUCGUCGGCGAUACUGCGACUACCACCGAUCUGUUGCCAAACAUCCGCGAGGGAUUCAACGCGCGGUCAAAGUUGCUGCAGGCGAUCGAGGCCGUGCGGUUGGCCAACAAGAUCAAAGCGCUGGGCUUCGACGACGACGACGAAGACGCGUUCCCGUCGUCUGGUGUGCCGAGUGUUUUCGCGACCGAGCACUCGGACGACUCGUCAGCUGCAGGUAAGAGCGAUUUUGCGAGUGGUGGGGGUAGCAACACGCUUGGCCUGCCGCAGUCUAGUUCGCGGAGAAGCUCGUUUGGAUCAAAGGGGAAUGCGACGAUGGUGUUUCAGGAAGUGGUCAGGUCGGUGUCGCGGAUUAAGAGUGCGUCGAAUCUGAAGGCGGAGGCGGAGGCGGAGGCUGAUGCAAAGAAGCAGUAGCUGUAGUUCUGAUUAUGAGUCUAUUUUCGAGUAACUUCUGUAUAACAUUGGUUUAGAUGUUUAGUAAAUGUAAUUAGAUAAGUUAGUAAUAGUAAAGGUCAAUCGUUUGCAAACUAAG